AUGUAUCUUCUUCACGCUCGUUUCUUUGAUUAUUUCGGAAUUGGAAUAUACUUUCAUUUCAACCAAAAACCGAUUCCCGAUGACUUUCGUAUGUUAUGGAGCCACGCGUUCGCACCGAAGACUCCUCUGGAAUUCGUAUAUAUCGAAAGUCUACUGGCGGUGGCUCUAUUUGCGAUGACUGUGAUGGCGGAUGUUCUGUGUUCGAUGAGAGGGCGAAGAGGAUUUAGAGCUCGAUUGGAAAUCGAGCAUUUAGAUUGA